CGGACGCAUUUCACUGAAACCACCUAAGUGUCAUCAUGCGAUGCUAGCUGCUAGCUCAUGUUACGUGAGUUCUGCCUCAAACCUGAACGAUUAGUUUAACUCGCCGUCCACCGACGCUUAUCCGAGGGAGGGUUUGCUGCUCUAAGCACGUGUCCAGCUGCUCGUUAGCGGUCGCGGCAGCAUCGUUAUCGUUUGCUGCCCUGUGCUAAUCGUUAGCUAAGCGCUAACAACAGUGGGAACAGCCAACUUUCCGUGCGUCUCACCUCGGCUGUCAUCUCAAGCGGCCGCUGAUCAGAAAGGAGCGUUGACAGCCAUCCCCAGCAAACAUCAUGGAGCUCCAGGCGGUGCUGAUGGCGGCUGGUGGAGGUUCUCGCAUGCCAGAUCUUACGUACAACACUCCCAAGCCAAUGCUGCCUGUUGGCAACAAGCCCCUCAUGUGGCACCCGCUGAACCUGCUGGAGAGGGUGGGCUUUGAAGAGGUGAUAGUAAUCACCACCAAAGAGGUCCAAAAGAUGAUGAGCACGGACCCGAAGAUGAAGGAUGUGAAGAUGAAACUGGAUGUGGUUUGCAUCCAGGAAGACGGAGACAUGGGCACUGCAGACGCUCUCCGACACAUCCAGCAGAAAAUCAAGACGGACGUCCUGGUGGUGAGCUGCGACCUGAUAACGGACGUGGCGCUGCACGAGGUGGUCGAUCUGUUCAGGGCCCACAAUGCAACGCUGGCCAUGCUAAUGAGCAAAGCCCAUGACUUCACAGAGACCGUCCCGGGCCAGAAGGGCAAGAAAAAGACAGGCGAACAGAGAGACUUUGUAGGAGUGGAUCAGUCGGGAAAGCGGCUGCUGUUCAUGGCAAACGAGGCAGAUCUGGAGGACGGCCUAUCAAUUAGGAAGUCGAUCAUGAGGAAGCAUCCCAGGAUGCACAUCAAGACGGGCCUCGUGGACGCUCACCUUUACUGUCUGAAAAAAGCCGUGGUGGACUUUCUCGCCGACAACAAGUCCAUCUCUUCGAUCCGGGGUGAGCUGUUGCCGUAUUUGGUGCGGAAGCAGUUUUCAAAAACGACCAACUGCCCCAAAAGCAAAGACGACGCUGACGAUCAGACCCAGAAAACGGCCGACGGCUCCACCAACUCUACUGAGCUCCUCAUCUGCUCACGAGACGAGCCUCUCCUCCAGCUGGCCCAGGAGCGCUCCUGCUGGAACGACCACCGCGGCGACAUGAGCGAAGCGUACCACGGAGGGAAGCUGCGCUGCUACGUCCACAUCAUGGACCAGGGCCUUUGCUACCGCGUCAACACUUUAGCUGCUUACAUAGAAGCCAACCGACUGGCCUCAAAGCUUUUGGAGGAGCCAGCAGUCCACCCAUCUGCUGUCAUUUCUGAGCGAUGUCAGAUGGGGCCAGACAGCAUCAUCGGAGCACAGUGCCAGGUAGCCGACAAGACCUCCAUAAAGAGGUCCACCAUCGGAAACUCCACCACAGUGAAAGAGAAGGUCAAAGUCACCAACUCCAUCAUCAUGCACGGGGUCACCAUCGAGGAGGGGUGUAACAUCCACGGCUGCGUGAUCUGCAGUAACGCUGUCAUCGGCCGAGGAGCAGACCUCAAAUACUGUCUGGUGGGCAACGGACAGCAGAUCGAAGCAGAAGCUGAGAGGACUAAUGAGGUCAUCGUUGGAACGGACCAGCUGAUGGAGAUCUAGCUCUCACGGGGAUAGAGUGGCAUCCGCUCAUUAACCAAUCAGAUGGCAGCAACAUGGAGCGGACAACUGAUUCAUCAGCGGACUGACGCUGCUGGACCUUCACUCGCUUCUUACAGGGUUCUACUGCAUCGUGUCCAAAUAAAAUGAGUGCUUAAACCCAUGA